GGACAGUUUCGUCAUUACACAAUUUAAAUCUAAAAUCUACAAACAUUUGAAUUGUGGCUCCAUGACCGUUAAACAAACUUUUGGUAUAAAAGCAGCGAACCACAUCAGAGCCUGCCUUCACUCAAAUUACUUGGCAUUCCAAAACCCUAAAACGAGGAGGUGGAAGAAGAAGAAGAAGAAGAAGAAGAAAGAAGGAGAAGCCAUGGCUGACGCUAUAGUUGCAGAUGCAGAAGCAGAAUUUUUGGCUUCAGACGUGAAGUCGAGCAAUGAUUGGGAGUUGUUUAAAGAGAAUGUGAGGCCAUUAAAGAGGGGAAGAAAUGUUGACCUUUUGAACUGGGCCCUCAAAGCUCAAAAGGACAGUCUCUCCAAGAAAUCGCUGCUUGAACAUCGCAGGAAGUUGAUUGAAGCCAUUGAUGAGUAUAAAGGAGAAGAUCCUCUUCAACCGUGGCUUGAGUGUAUCAAAUGGGUUCAGGAGUCCUUCCCUUCUGGUGGAGAAUACUCAGGAUUGUUAUUAAUCUACGAACAAUGUGUGCGCACUUUCUGGCAUCAAGAGCGUUACAAGAAUGAUCUACGCUACUUAAAAGUUUGGUUGGAGUAUGCAGAGAAUUGUUCUGAUGCUGAAGUGAUAUACAGUUUUUUGGAUGCAAAUGAAAUUGGACAAAACCACGCAAUUUAUUAUGUGGCAUAUGCUUUGCAUAUGGAAUCUAAAAAUAAGAUGAAAAAGGCAGAUGAGAUCUUUAAUAUUGGCAUCGCCAGGAAAGCACAACCAAUCGAAAAGUUAGAAAGCUCUUACAAGAAAUUCAUGGGUCGAGCCAUUGCAAGAAGCAAAGCCCAGGAUGAAGAAGUUGUAGAAGAUCAUUUACCUGUUCGAAGCUUUGGAACCAUAGUGGCUGCAAGAGAGGCCCGAAGACAAACCACACGGCAAUCAGAUAUAUUCCAGAAUAAGGCAAAACUACAAAGGGUAAGUAGUAAUGCUCCCCUCGCUGUCUAUAACGAUGCAAUAUUGGGGACACAAGCAAGGCAUCCACACUCUGGUGCUAACCAACUUGAUGCAACCAAGAGCCAAGGGCAUGCAUGGAAGACACUCGGAACCCAAGCUGAAAGAAACAAAGAAAAUUCUUCUCUACCAUCCAAAUGGACAUCACACAAGAUUCCUCAAAGAAUGGGUGUGAGAUCAGGAGCAACAUCUGGUGUUGCUCUUGAGGUGUUCAUUGAUGAAGAAUGUGCGAGGCCAACAUCAAAGGUUCAUGAUACUAAUCCUUCUGGAAAGCUUUCUAUGUUACAGCUCAGGCAUGGUGAUACAAAAGACCUUAAGAAGGAGACGAAACUGUUGAAGGAAAACCCGUUACGCAAUUUCCCUCUAAAGAGUCUUCCAAGAUGAUCAGUUAAGUCUCAUUAACUGUUCUUCUGGUUCUUUGCAUUUUGUUAGGCUUCAACCCCCCUCCUCUCUCACUCUUUCUCUCUCUUAAUUAUUUUUUUUUACUAGUCCUGUCAAUGAGGCCAGACAUGUUUUGUAUAAUGUAUUUGGUUGUCAAUUGUAUGGUUGCAAAUUAAGAUCA